UCCACAGCGGGCUUGGCUCCUGGCAAAACCGCUUUGCUGUCAUGGCCCCUCCACCGCUGUCUCCUCCGCUUUGCAUUUUGCCGCCAGGCUCGGGCCCUCCCCGCUUCGUGUGUUACUGUGAGCCGGAGGGUGGUGGAGACGGGGACGGUGGCGGCUUCAACCUCUAUGUGACAGACGCCGCGGAGCUCUGGAGCACCUGCUUCUCGCCUGACAGCCUGGCGACUCUCAAAGCCCGAUUUGGCUUAAGUGAGACUGAGGACAUCCCUUCCCGGUUCAGGGCAGCCUGUCAGCAGCAAGCAGUGACUGUAAGCCUGCAAGAGGAUAGAGCCUUGAUGACCCUUCCAGGGGAUACCUCUGCACUAGCCUUUGACCUCUCCAAGGUGCCCAGCCCAGAGGCAACCCCCAAGCUACAGGCUUUGACUCUCAGCCUGGCAGAGCGUGUGUACAACCUAGAGAAGCGACUAGCAGCUGCAGAAGAGAUCGCCACUAGUCCCAGGAAGAAUACCCAUCCAGCGGGCCCUCAACUCUUCUUACCAGAACUUGAUCACCAGAGAGGCAGCUCUGGACUUGGGGUCAGGAGACGGUGUCCAGGGGAGUCUCUCAUCAACCCUGGCUUCAAAAGUAAGAAACCAGCUGGUGGUGUAGACUUCGAUGACACCUGAAGAUACAGCAGAACCUGUGACCCUGACAGGAGCUAUAAGGAAAGGGGUAGAUCCAAGACCCCCACCAUUCAGAGACACCCCUUGCUUAACUUCCACUGGCUGAUCCUACUGUUGGGCAGGAGUACCUCUCAUGCCUUCCUGGUCAAAUAAACUACUGUCUCAGGUAGAAAUGCUA